AUGUACAUAAAUUCGCCUGGCGGUCUGGUGACAGCAGGCCUUGCCAUAUACGACACCAUGCAGGUGAGUGUGCAGGCGAGUAUGCAUGCGGGUGAGUGUUCAGGUGAAUGCGCAGGGAGUGUGCAGGAGAGUAUACAGUACAUCCAGUGUCCAGUGAGCACCCUCAGCGUGGGCCAAGCAGCCCCCAUGGCCACACUGUUGCUCUCAGCAGGCGACUCUGGUCGUGCCUUGCACCACCUGACACCCACCGUGCUGCUCUUAGCUUGCCUCCCCUUUCUGUCCCCCCCCCACCAGUACAUCCAGUGUCCAGUGAGCACCCUCUGCGUGGACCAAGCAGCCUCCAUGGUCACGCUUCUGCUCGCAGCAGGGGAGGCGGGGCAGCGGCGGUCACUACCCAACGCGAGUCUCGUGGUGCAUUUUCUUCUCCUCUCUCCUGCCCUACCCCACCCCCCCCACCACCACCACCAGUACAUCCAGUGCCCAGUGAGCACCCUCUGCGUGGGCCAAGCAGCCUCUAUGGCCACACUGCUGCUUGCAGCAGGCGAGGCGGGGCAGAGGCGCUCGCUACCCAACGCACGGCUCAUGGUGCACCAGCCAUCAGGGGGCGCGCAGGGGCAGGCCACUGAUAUCGCCAUUCACGCGGAGGAGAUUAUCAAGACUAAGGCCCGGCUGAACGGGCUGUAUGCCAAGCACACGGGGAAGGAGGUUGAUGUGAUUGGUGAGUGA